AACAACUAUAGUUUUUGUAUAUUAGCUGAAGAAAUUUUUAUGAUAAAGAGAGACUUCCUUUGUUCCCUUUCUCUCUCUUCCCGUAGCCGGCCUGUCUUAAUCUAAUUCAGUUCCACUUCUUCUUUUGCUCUUCAAUAAUUCAAUCUCAAAUCUAAAUAUAGGAUUGAAAAUUUCCCAACUUUUUGGUGUUUUUUUUUCUUUUAAAGGGAUAUAAUCAUUUGGAUGCUAAUUGAAGCACCUGAUCUUGUUGAGGUGGAAAUAAUAAAGUUAUUUCCCUUUGUUUUUUGAGCUUUUAUGAGGUGGGUUUGGUCUGGAUUUGGAGUUUAGGGUUGAAGGAAAAAUUGAUUUAUUGGGUUCUCUUUGGAGUUAAAUUUCAGGGUUUGAUUUGAAAUGGUAUAUUUCCAUAGAUCAAUCUCCGUCUGCAAUUCGGUUGACCUGAUUUCUCCAAUGGCAAAUUCUGGGAAUUCAAGUGAUCUCAUGAUGAACCCCAAAUCAGCGUCAUCAAAGGGCAAUUUUUGUAAGAAACAAAAGGUAUUCAAUCCACCAAGUUGUUUAAAAAUCCCCUCUUGUGAAAGAUCAAGAUCUGCUGCCGUUGAUGUUGUAAUCUUAAUUGCUGUGAUUGCUGCUUUUGGAAUCUUGUUGUUUCCAACUAUAAAAUGCGUAUCUUUGAAAGUGAUUGAAUUCAUUGAAGCUGCAUAUGAUUUGGUUAGAGAUGAAAUGAUGAUAUCUCCAAUGAUAUAUGGUUCCAUAGGACUUGGUUUUUCUUGUUCUGCAAUAGCUGCUUGGAUUUUGCUUCUUUGUACAACUAGAAAAUGUGGGAACCCUCACUGUAAAGGGCUUAAUAAGGCCACCGAAUUCGAUAUUCAGUUGGAAACCGAGGAGUGUGUUAAGAACUUGAGCCCUACAGUUAAAGAUGGUGUUUCCAAAGGACUUCUCCAAUUGCUGCACAAUCAUCAUAAGGAAUUGGAAGCCGAGUUAAAGAAGCUGGCACCGGUUAAUGGAAGAGCAGUGCUUGUGUUUCGAGCUAAAUGUGGAUGUUCCAUUGGCAGAUUGGAGGUUCCGGGACUGAAGAAGCAAAGAAAGAUCAAGAAAUAGGGUUUAAGGAUACGAUUAGAUAGAUGAAUUUUAAAUCAAAUACAGAAACUAGCUCAUAAUGCUGAGAGGAGUUUGAGGGCCUUCGCAAGUUAUGUUGUCUUUAAAUAAGCUUCUCAGAGCAAUAAGUUGUAAGGAUUAUAUACAGUCGGGUUAUUAGUGGAGAAAAUGAAAACCCUUUAUUUUAUAGCUAUUUUAGGGAAAUUUAUGUUUUAAAGCUUAUAUGUUUGUGUUCUUAGCUUUGCAAUUUAUUUUUGUGUAGCUAUAAAUCAUUGAAAUUUGAAUAGGCAUUAGAUAAUCAUGCUUUUGUUGAGCUGUUUGAUUCUUGUUGUGUUACGAGAACUAUUUGAUCGUGUUGCGGCUUGUACAAGGAGUCCGAUAAGGAGUUCUAAGCUUCCUCAGAUCUUAUCCUCGAUGGAUGGGGACUUCUGCUCCUGCAAGCCAUAUAGGUGUUACUCCCACCUCUUACUCUGAUUUGAUUUUUAACCCUUGGGCAGGCAAUGAGCAUUAUCUAAGUCCUUACUCUGAGUUUGAUCUAUUGGUCAAUUUCGCAAAGACAGGUUCGUGGAACAAGAGCAAGGUCCUGGAUUAACUCUCUCACUCGGGCAUACUUUAGGGCUUAGCUACAAGUGAGAAUUAUUGCUCAUACAGUUCCUGAACCAGAUGAUUUCGAGAAGGUUAUAUGUCUUGCAAGUAUUCUCUGCUGAAUCUCUACAUUCUAUUGUUGUGUACAUUUGAUAGUAGUAUAUCUUAUCAUAUUCGAUAUUAACAAAGCCGAUUGUUAUAUUUGCUUAUGUUUUCUGUCGCUGAAGCAUUACCAGUUUGUACUAAAAGUAUAUUUUCCCUUGGUUCAAGCAUAUUCCGUUAAAGGAAGAAAAGGCGAGAUGAACAGCAUGCAGAUAUAUCGCAAAGGGACACGGCAUGGGGAUAUGAUUUACAUUACAAUCUUUAAAGAUGAUUUGAACAUACCAGUGUAAAAGAAAGAAAGGAUAGAGCAUAUUUUUGAAGAUGUGGUUGGGAAGGGAUAAGCACUACUACUUGCAUGAAUCGGCCAUUAUUGUUGAUAUAUACAAAUCACAGGAUUCUUCUUUAGAUAAAAAGAUUGUAAACCUUAAUUAUAUGUCAUUAUCCAUGAGAUUUCACCACUUGAGUUUGAGCUCGAAUAAGUUCGUUUAUCAAUUUUUAUAGCCAAGUUCAAACUCGAGCUUUAGUUUGACUCAAUAAUUAAGUUUAGGGUUAAUAAUAUAUAUCAAGGACUAUAAUGUAAUUUAAUAAUAUAAAAAUAAUUUUAAA